AAUGAAUCAAACGUUUGUUUUGCACCUUAUCGUUUUCACGUGCAUACUAUGCAUUAUACAGAGUAGUUCUAUUUCAAGCCUUAUUGAAAGUAAAGGUCAUGGUGUUAUACGACAUGUAGACGGCGUAGAAUUUGACUCAAUAUCCCGAGGCACUCUAUUGCAAAUCCUAUCUGCUUUUGAUGAGAACAUCAAAUCAAGGAUGGGCGGGAAGAAAAUACCCCUGUUUAAAGCGGAAUUUGCUAACAAUAAACACACGUAUCCAUUUAUUUAUCCGCACUUCUUUAAUAAGAAAGAAAUUUGGAUGUGAAUGAAGAAUAAAUUUUGAUAAAA